UCUCGGUUUUCUCCAAAAGCUCGCCCUUCCUCCUCUGCUUUUUCUUCUGUCUUUAUAGAAUCUUGAGCCCUUUGAAUUUAUUGUCUCUCCUUUCAAUUUCCCCCCUUCUUCUUCUUCCUCCUCCUCCUUCUAUGUCUUAACAGGAACAAAGUGUGUGCAAUGUAACGUGAUCUUCACCAAAGAAUGCAAUAGGAUAUUAAUCAAUGCUUUAAAAGUUAAAAAAUUGAAGCUUUUUGGCUUCAUGUGCUUUCAAUUUUUUGUUUUUUUUGAAGAUUUCACUCGUUUCUUGCUUUUCUCUCUCUUAACUUUACCAUUUUUGUUAGAGAAACUGUAAAAAAAUCUAGUUUUUUGAUCAAACCUGACAUGGGUUUGUUCAAGAUCUGAUUUUUUUUGUAUUUAAUUCUGUUGGGUAGAUUGAUGGUGUGGAUCUUGUAGCUUUUGUGUCUAGAUCUUGUGAUUUCCUACACCUUUUCUUGAUUUUUACCCUUAAUUUCAAGAAUUCACAAUUGCAUGUGGGAUAUUAUGUUUCUUGAAUUCUGGGCUUGUUUAAGUUGAUCUUUUUAGGGUUCUUGAACAACAGUUAAUUCCAAAUUUGUUAAAUAUCUUACAAUGUUGAAGCAGUUGCUCAACAAGCUUCCCAAAAGAUCAAUCAAGUCUGAAUCUUUAGAAGACCCUUUAAGUGAUCCCAACAACAAUGGUGGAAUUCAAAGAAGCACAAGCUUAAACAGUGCAUCAUCAUCACCAAAAGUAGUACCAAAUGCACCCAAAAGAACAUCAUCAGCAGUGUUCCCAUCAAGUGUUAUAGCUGGAAUUGAACCCUUGUUACCCUUCAAAGAUGCCCCAGCUUCAGAAAAGAUGUCACUUUUCAUCAGUAAGUUAAGUCUUUGCUGUAUGGUUUUCGAUUUCACUGAUCCUAGCAAGAACACAGCCGAAAAAGAUCUUAAACGGUUAACAUUGAUUGAGCUUCUUGAUUUUGUUGCAUCUGGGCCUCCUAGAUUCUCUGAGCCUGCAAUAUUAUCUUUAUGUAAAAUGUGUUCUGUUAAUCUGUUUAGAGUGUUCCCCCCGAAUUAUCGAUCUGCACGCGGGGGAGAGAACGAAGACGACGAGCCCUCGUUCGAUCCAGCAUGGCCUCAUUUACAAAUUGUGUAUGAUAUAUUGCUCAAGUUCGUGACAUCGGCUUCUGUCGAAGCGAAAGUUGCGAAAAAGUAUAUAAAUCAUUCGUUUAUAUUACGAAUGCUUGAUCUUUUCGAAUCCGAAGAUCCUCGCGAACGCGAGAGUUUAAAGGCGAUAAUGCAUAGGAUUUACGGGAAGUUUAUGGUGCAUAGACCGUUUAUUCGAAAGAGCAUAAGUAACAUAUUUUACAGGUUUGUGUUUGAAACCGAACGGCACAAUGGGAUAGCGGAGUUGUUAGAGAUAUUCGGGAGUGUGAUUACUGGAUUUGCGUUACCUUUGAAAGAAGAACACAAGAUCUUUCUUUGGAGGGCUUUGAUUCCGCUUCAUAAACCGAAGUCUUUAGGGGUUUAUUUUCAGCAGUUGUCGUAUUGUGUUACGCAGUUUAUUGAAAAGGAUCCGAAGCUAGCUAGUACGGUGAUUAGGGGGUUGUUGAAGUACUGGCCGAUUACUAAUAGUCAGAAGGAAGUGAUGUUUUUGGGAGAAGUCGAAGAGGUUCUCGAAACGAUUAGUAUGGGGGAGUUUCAAAGAGUGAUGGUUCCUUUGUUUUGGCGGAUCGGAUGCUGCAUCAACAGUUCACAUUUUCAGGUGGCAGAAAGGGCACUGCUUUUAUGGAACAACGACCAGAUCUUCAAUCUAAUCGGUCACAACCGACAAGUGAUCUUACCCAUCAUCUUUCCAGCACUCGAAACCAAUGUGCAGAAUCACUGGAACCAAUCGGUUCUUAACCUAACACUCAACGUCAGAAACGUGUUCACAGAGAUGGAUAACAUGUUGUUUCUGGCCUGUCAUGCGCAUUUCGUGGAAGAACAAGAGAAACAGAGUUCUGCAACAGAGAAGAGGAAGGAGGCGUGGGCCCGCCUAGAGAACGCUGCAAGUCUUCGACCGAUAACGAUGAAUACUACAGCAGUUCUGGUAAUGAUGCCACAACAAAGUUAACUUAAUUUUAAGUAUGCACCUUUUUUUUGUAAGUGGCAGCUGUUGUAACUUUUUUAUUUUUUUUACUCACUGUUGUAUGAUGGAAAAUUUGUACUUAUGGAUUAUGGAAAUUAAAUUAACACCCUUUUGUCCUAUUUCUUUUCA